UAGGCUAAAUAUGGUGUCAAUAUUAGACAUGACAGUGUGAUGCCAAGUGGCUCUUUUUAUUUCUUAGUAGCUGCCUGUGGCCUCUUUAAUCCAGUUAAGACCCUGAUGCUUCUCUUAAUCCAUCCAAUCUGUUGAGUCCUUCACUUAACAGCCCCACUCAACAAAUCUGGGUCAAUAGAAGUUUGCUUGUGUGCGAUGAAGAAAACGGGCAGAAUUUUGCAGCUUUAACACAGCUGCUUUAUCCGGAUCCGUUCAAGAUUUGAUCGACCUCCCUGUAUGGGAGCUUGGCGCCACAAGGGGGUCUGAGGAUUUCAGAGAAUGGAGCAUCAAGACCAGACGAAAAGCGGCCGGAGACAAUGUUCGUGCGGUCAAAGGCAGGCAGAGUUUGGCGCAAGUAUCAACCAUAAUGGCAUCGGUAGCGACGCAAAAAGCAGCAGUGCGUGGCAGGACGAACAGUCGGAUCUGUACUGCAACUUCUGGACCGAGCCUGAGCCGGCAAGUGUCAAGAACUGCAAGGGUAGAUCGUUUGUCAUGGAUGCUAGAAUAAGACUGGAUAGUCUAAAGUCUGGCAGCAGUUCACCGCAGCCGUGGUGUAGCUCGGACAACGCUUUGUACUACUAUGACAGUGAAAAAGACCUCUGGGAUGGUGACGAAGACUUAGAGGAGAAGCUGUCUGCUCUGGACGUGGUGGAGAUCCUUGAAGUGGAGGGAAGCACGGAAGAUGAAGAGAGCUGGUUAUAUGAACCAUCAAACAAGCGCUCGUUUGCGGGCGGGGAGUCUGCUCUCAGAUGGUGCCGACACGUUCUGGACGACCCCAGCCCUGAGAUGGAGGCUGCGUGUCGUGGACUGAUGAACAAGCUGGAUCGAAGAUCGGGAUACUACUUCUACAGACACGCAGCGGUCUCCGCUCACUCGCCCAGUGUCUCCUCGGGCUUCGGUCGGGACAAAACAUUGGUCAACACAUCGCUCAGCGACUCUGACAGUUUAGACCGUGUUAAGGUGACGCACUCUGACGACUUCAUGGCAACAAACUACAAACUGCAGGAUAUAACAGACGUCCACAUCAUGGCCAGACUACAGGAAAACAGUUUAAGACAGGAAUAUAUUUCCAUGCCUGCUGCAGCUCCCUGGAGGAAAAACCCAGACACGUUGCCCUUCUAUUGGAACACCGAGGCUGACAUUGCCGACGACUUGGGAAAUAAAAACAGCGCGCCUCCGGCUUCGCCCUGCAGGCCCGGUCUGACGGCACCGAGCUCUUUCACCUGCAAGUUACCGAUGCCAGCAGCUAAGCAGGGCUGCCAAAGUCCAAAACUGAGCAAACUUCACCAACAAGUAACCCAGUUCAAGCUGCUGAGGCUCGCUCAGAAUAAAGCAUCCACGGGCAGCACAAGGUCGCCUCGGCAGACGAGCCUGCGCUCCCUCCAGGCUGUCAGGAACAGCCGGAGCUUAGAGAUCGAAGACUACCGCCCUGCUGGGCAGACCAACCACCACCCACCAGCUUCCAGGGCAGGGUUAGGGUCCUCCGCUGCCGCAUCUCUGCGCUCCAGCAACGGGAGAGGCCCGACGAGAGACUCCUCAGACCGGAUAACGGCGAUGAGAAGGCCGCAGAGGUCCCAGUCUCUCAGUCCCAGCAGGUCGGCCCACGCUCCCAAGGGAUGCUUCCCCGUCCGUGGGCGAGUUUUUGCCUCGCCAGAGAGGCUGGCCACUGCAGCUUGGGGCAGACAUGCCUCAUCCACUCGCCGGUGAAAGAUUUCAAACAAAUGAGGAAGAACACUAAGAACAGUAUUACUUAACGUAUUUGUGAUAUUAUAACUACAAAACUCAGUGUAUUUUAUGGGGAUAUGCGACAGAUCAGCACACAGUAGUUCAUUACUGUUAAACAGGAAGGGAAAUUAUUUGUUUUCAAAAACAAAAGUCUGAAAGUUUGGCAUGCAUUUGUGUUUACUCCAAUACCCUUUAAUCCUAUCCGGUGAAUUAAAUCCUUUAACAAACGUCCCCUGAAUAAAUGGAGAACAUGUGUGG